CAAAGCAUACACGCCUUCUCUCCUCUCUCUCUCUCUCUCUCUCUUUCUCUCUCGGAGUCGGAGGCGAAGAAGAGAAGCGAAGCGAAUCGAAGCGCGAUGGAGAGGAGCGUACCAGUGAGGAAGCCCCACACCUCGACGGCGGAUUUGCUCACCUGGUCGGAGACCCCUCCCUCGGAAUCGCCGGCCGCCGAGUCCGCUACCCCCGCCCGCCGUACCCACAAGCCGGCGGGAGGGAUCAGCCCGGUUAUGUUCGGAGCCCAGUUGAGCGAGGAGGAGGCCGCGAGCGUGAACAAGAGGAAACCUUGCUCUGGCUCAAAAUUGAGAGAGAUAACUGGUAGUGGUAUCUUUGCAGCUGGCGAGGAAAAUGGUGCAUCUGAAUCUGAUGCUUCUGCCUCAAAUCCUAAUAAAACAGGUGUACGAAUGUAUCAGCAAGCAGUUAGCGCAAUGAGCCAAAUCUCAUUCCGUGCUGAUGAGAGUGUCUCUCCAAAGAAGCCCACCACACUUACGGAGGUAGCAAAGCAGCGAGAGCUAAGUGGUACUUUGGAUAGUGAGUUAGAGGCUAAAACUAAGAAGCAGACCUCUGACGCAAAGUGCAAAGAACUUAGUGGGCAUGACAUCUUUGGUCCUCCUCCCGAGGUUCCACCUAGGCCUUUAGCAGCUCGGAAUUUGGAGUUGAGGGGCAAUUUGGACUUCGGGUUACCCCAGCCACGAAACAUACAUACAUCUGUGAAAGUAUCCAAUCCGGCUGGGGGUCCAAGCAAUAUCAUGUUUAGUGAGGAGCCUGUGAUCAAGACAGCAAGGAAAAUCCACAACCAGAAAUUUCAAGAGCUUACAGGUAAUGACAUUUUCAAAGAAGAAGCACAGCCUGGAUCUGCUGAGAAGCCCCUGAGCAUGGCAAAGCUGAGGGAAAUUAGCGGCAGUGAUAUAUUUGCUGAUGGGAAGUCUGCUUCCAGGGAAUACUAUGGCGGUGUCCGUAAGCCCCCUGGCGGUGAGAGCAGCAUCGCACUGGUUUAACUAUCCUAACAUAUUUAUAUCAGCAUGUGUUGGUUCCUAAUUUAAGUCAGGAAAGAUGUUUCUCUGGACUGAUUAAAACACUUCUGCAUGUGCUUGUUGUUUUAGCAGUGUUUGGUCUUAGCUCUGAUGUCAUGGAGAUUGUUAUCAUAUAUGUAUCUAAUUUAAAGUUCAAACAAUGGAAUGCUGUCCCAUACGUUUUUUCUUGUAUCGUUCUUUGUAGCAUGCCACACGAUCAUGAUUUUGGACC